GUAGCAUCCCCCCCGUUCCCCCCCGCCCCUGAAAGGGCAUCAUAACCUGUGCCCGCGGCUCGGCGGUCGCGUUUGUUGACCGAGGAUAUCGGGCGUUUGUCGUCGAGGGCGCGAGGCAGAGCGAGAGAGAUGAGCGUGAACGAGGAUUGGGACGUGGAGCAGCAUAAAGUGGAGUACGAGUCCGACGAGCACUGGGAGCUGCGACGUAAAUUUCUGGUGGCCCACAAGGACAAGUUCGCGGAGGACGUGCUCGUCUGUCUGGCCCAGGUGUUCGUCAAUGUCGAGCUGUUAGGAUGCAGGUAUCCGCAGGAAACGAUGGACCUGGUGGAGGAAUUGGCGCGUGACGUCGCGGCCGAGUAUAGAGAAAAGCAAAAGAAAAAGUUGCAACGAACGUUCGUUGAGGCGUCCGAGGCAGCUAGCUCCAAGGUGAAAGGACACGCUGCUAAAGCAUCUACUGUCCCAGAAAGAUCUGUACCGCACACGUCUAAUCAUACAUCAAACAUAGACAACUUUAUUCGUCGACCGAACAAGCGCAAAGCACCCGGGAUAAACGAGCAUCAAGCUUGUUCACAUAACGUACAGCUCGAAGCUAAGAAGGCUAAAACGUCACCUCCUACUCCCACGAAAGAACCCAUGUCCAGUGCGUUCAAUUGUGACCAUCGGUCUAGCGAAAGACUCGAUAGCGAGGAGGGACCAGCUGAGACGGUACAAACGAAGGAAGGCGCCUCGUGCGAGGAGCAAAAUUUUUACAGAAACAUUGUUCUAUGGGAAAAACCAGGUAGCAACGCGCAAAGUAUACUGCAGGUUUCAGCCUCUGUAUCUGGUAUGCCCUUGAUAUGGACCUACAAUAUGACAGAAGGUGGUUGGGAAUGCUAUCUUGAUAUUGGCUCGCAUCGACUGGGUUGCAGCACUAAUUUCAAUAAGAAAGAAGCCAGGAAAGAAGCAGCCACCAUUGCGUUAGAAAAAUUACAAAAGCGCUGUUACACGGUUAAGGUAAAGGAAGACUUGGGUACAAAUUCGGAUGUAACUGUAACGACAGACGAAUUUAAGCAUUCUACCGCCGAUAACGAUGGGAAAGUAGACUCUUUCCAAUCUAAUUGCAUCGGAAACAAGCUGAUGAAAAUGAUGGGCUGGUCCGGCGGUGGUCUUGGAAAAUCGGAGCAGGGUCUUAUGGAACCUAUGUCUGCGGUAAUCAGCUCGCAAAUAAGUCGAAAAGGUUUUGGCCUGAAGACAAAUUCUCACAAGGGACACGAAAAGGCAAAUGUCGAGAUAAAAAGCAAAUGUCGAAAACUAUUUAAAGAUCUUUUACAAUCGGAUAAUUAUCUGGCAAACGAUAUUGUAUUUUUGGAUUUUUCCAAGGAAGACAGAGCGCUGAUUCACCAACUUGCACGAUCAAUAGGCCUUAAGUCGCGCAGCUACGGCAAGGACCAACGAAGACUGAUAGUCUCGCGCAAAGUUAACAUACGGAACUUUGUCGAGAAACUGAACAGUCUAGGCGGAGUCACCGAGAAGUACGAGCUGGUGAAACCGGCCGACGAGACGCUCCCUUCGUUGCCUACUUCUACGGACGUGUAAACGUAAAAAUAGAUUACAUAUGAUCGAAACGGUACCUUUCUGUGACAUUGAUGUAGCAUAUGGACUGUAAAAUAAAUAGGUAACUUUUUGCAUUAGUC